AAAUGAAAUGAAAACAAUUAUUCUUUUCAUUCCUAGCAAUAAACUUCUCUUUUUGUCUAAUGGUAUUUGUUGUUCUACAUCCUUCAACCUGUCUCGCUAAAAAAACUUUUGUGAGGAGAUUGUUUAAAAAAGAUUUUCAUUUCUUUUUUAGCGUUAAAUGAAUUGCGUUUGUAAUUUUUUAUGUCUAAAUGACGUAAGAGCUUAAAAAUGGAAUUUAUUCAGGAUCUAGAAAACGAGACAGACAAUGAUGUUUUGAUUUCCGUGCCUUUGAGUGAUGAGUUAAAGUUAUGUAGUGAUAUUAUGUUAGUAAAACACAAUUUAAGCAAUGAAACCCAUUCGAAAGAUCUUAAUUCAGGUGAUAGUUGUGCAUUGAAUCAAACUUCUGACGAUGCCGUACCAUGUUCGAGUAAAUCAGAAAGAUUCUGCAUAUCAAAAGAAUCCAUAUCUUGUGUCCCUGAAGCAGAUCAAGAGAAAGAAUUGUUAGAUCUUGGUGUCAGUGUAUAUGACCAAAUUCAGUUUGAAACUGAAGUUAUUGCCCAAGUUGACAAAGCUUUGAAAGAUCAAGAAGAACGUAAACGAUUGGAAGAUACGAGGAAGGAACUGCAUACUGUGGAAGAAGAUUUAAGGUUUGUGAAAAACAGGUUAAAUCAGAUUGAAAAAGCUUUGUCAAUGGCUCCAAAAGCUGAAAUGACAAAUGCUGGAAAAAGAGAGCUUUCUGCUAUUCUGAAGGAGAAAGAAAACAAACUUAAGCACAAGAAGAAACUUGAAGCUAAGCUUAAGGCGUUGCAAGUGUGUAUUUGUGGAAGUGUGGAAGAAGUAAAUACUGUAUUACAGAAUAAUGUUGAAGGAAGUGAAGAACAAUUAGAUGAAGAGACUGUAUACCAUCUUAAGCAAGUAUUUAUUGCCAAAGAAACAGAAGAAGAAAAGAUGAUCCGAACAGGAGAAAUGACACCAUUCGGAACAGUUAUAACUAAUCAAGCUAAAGAUAAACGUAAACCUCGUAAAAUAACCAUUCCUACGGAUAGUAUGACAGAUUUUGAUAAGUUUCUGCUUAAUCAAGCUGAAAACCAUAUGUCUAAAACAUCUUCCAAAAAUUAUAGACGAUCAAAACCUUCAUUAUCAAAAUCUGCGAAUAAGGAUGCAAUAAAAUCUCAACAGUCAUUGGAAUUUCAGGGAUUUACGGAUCUGAAAGCAAUAUCUAGUAAAAAAAACAAAACUUUAUCGAAAGCCAAACUGGGUUCAAAGUUUGCUACAGGCUUUUCUAAGACAUCAAAUCGGAAUGAAAGUUUGAUUAAAAACUUUAGGAGUGAUUCGGAGCUUAGUGACACUGAAGUUCCAGAUGAUGAUGAAUGGGAAAUUAAAGAUAAUGCUAACAAUUAUUCUAGUGAUGAUGUAUACAUUCCAGAUAAAAACGAUUUAGAUGAUGAUUAUGAUGAAAAAAUUGGAAAAGUGUCUAAAAAGAGGAAGGCACGGCUUUAUUCUAAGAAAACAAAAAAAAAUUCUGCUGAUAGUUUAUCGGACUCUGAAGAUGAAGACAAAACACUAAAAAAGAAACUUAAAAAGUUGGUAGAUGAUGGGAAUCAAGAAUCGUACAUUAAAAGAAUAAAAGCUCUUGAAAAGUCUGAAUGGGUUCAGAAACAAUUGAAGAUGGUGGAAAAUGACGGGGAAGAUUCUGCCGAGGAAGAUGUUACUGAAUUCGAUGAAGGCUAUAAAAUUCCUAAUCGUAUUUGGAAUAAACUAUACAAAUAUCAGAAAACUGCUGUUCGUUGGUUAUGGGAAUUGCAUCAACAGAAUUGCGGCGGAAUCAUUGGAGAUGAGAUGGGAUUGGGAAAAACAAUUCAAAUAAUAGCUUUUCUUAUUGGUCUGAAAUUCAGUGCUUUGACUUCAUUUGGAGAGAACUUUAAAGGACUUGGACCAGUGAUUUUGGUAUGUCCAGCUACAGUAAUGCAUCAGUGGUUAAAAGAAUUCUAUACUUGGUGGCCUUACUUUAGAGUUGCUAUUCUUCAUGAAAGUGGCUCAUUUAUGGGUAAAAAGGAAUCUUUGAUUCGUAUCAUUACUAAAAAUCAUGGGAUUUUGAUUACCACUUAUACUGGUGUUGUUCAACAUCAAGAAAAUCUUCUAAAACAUGAGUGGCAUUAUGUGAUACUUGAUGAAGGACAUAAAAUCCGUAACCCAGAUGCUCAAGCAACUCUUGCUGUAAAGCAAUUUCGAACUCCUCAUCGAAUUAUCUUGUCUGGUUCACCAAUACAAAACAAUUUGAAAGAAUUGUGGUCCUUGUUUGAUUUUAUAUUUCCUGGAAAGUUAGGAACAUUACCUGUUUUCAUGCAACAAUUUUCCGUUCCUAUUGUUUUAGGUGGAUAUGCGAAUGCAUCUCAAAUUCAGGUUCAGACUGCGUACAAAUGUGCUACUGUACUUAGAGAUGCAAUAAAACCAUACUUAUUACGUAGAAUGAAAUCUGAUGUUAAAAUGAGUAUAAACUUACCUGAUAAAAAUGAGCAGGUUCUAUUUUGUAAACUAACUGAACAUCAAGAAAACUUAUAUAAAGCUUACAUCAGUUCCAAGGAAGUUAGUAGUAUUUUGAAUGCAAGAUUGCAGGUUUUUGUUGGUUUGGUUAAUCUUAGGAAGAUUUGUAAUCAUCCUGAUAUAUUUGAUGGUGGUCCAAAAAUAUUUAAAGAUACUGAUAUAAGUCAACUAUCAGAAGAAGAACAUUACGGGUAUUACAAAAGAUCGGGCAAAAUGAUUGUUGUUGAAGCUUUGCUGCGGUUAUGGCACAAACAAGGUCACAGAGUUCUUUUGUUUACUCAGAGUAGACAGAUGUUGCAAAUUUUUGAAAUUUUUGUUAAAAGCAAAAACUAUACCUACAUGAAAAUGGAUGGUUCCACUUCAAUUUCAUCCCGACAACCUGCAGUGGAAAAGUUUAAUUCUGAUUCCAACAUAUUUGUCUUUUUAUUGACUACUCGAGUUGGAGGUCUUGGUGUGAAUUUAACCGGUGCAAACAGAGUUAUUCUGUAUGAUCCCGAUUGGAAUCCCAGUACUGAUGUCCAAGCACGUGAACGAGCAUGGAGGAUUGGACAGAAUAAGCAAGUCACGAUUUAUCGAUUAAUGACAGCAGGAACCAUUGAAGAAAAAAUUUAUCACAGGCAAAUUUUCAAGCAAUUUGUAACAAACAGGGUCUUAAAAGAUCCGAAGCAGAGGCGAUUUUUUAAAAGUAAUGACUUAUAUGAGCUCUUCACCUACAGUGAAGUAGGUCCUCAAGGGACAGAAACGAGUUGUAUUUUUGCUGGAACAGGUUCUGAAAUCAAACUCAAGAAAAAGUUUAAAAGACCCGAUAAAUCUCUUAAAAAGGAAUCAAAUUCUCAACCAGUCAAUCACAGUGAUGUUGCUGUUUCAUUUACUGAGGAGAAAAAAGAGCAAAUGAGAAUGCUAGCUAAAAAAUUGAGUUUAGAACUUGCAAAAACAUCUUUGAAUUCAAAAUCCGAAGAUUCAAAACCGACUGUUCAAAAAGCUUUGAAAAAUGAUUCAGAUCAACCAGUUCUUGAAAUUUCCAUAGAGAAUAAAGAUGGCAGAGAAUUAUCGAAAAUUGAAGUGCCAGGAACGACUCUGAGCAAACUUCAAAAAAGAAAAGCAUCUAAAAUUGAAGGUGAAAAGAUUGAUUAUGUAGUGAAGAAGAGUAUUUAUAAGCCCCCAGAAAAUGAAGAAGGCGAUGGUUUAAAUGAGGAUGAUUAUGUUCUUAGUAAGCUGUUUAAAAAAUCUGGCGUUCAUACUGCUUUGAAGCACGAUGUUAUUGUUGAAUCAUCAACUCCUGAUUAUUCUAUUGUUGAAGGAGAAGCAAAUCGAGUAGCCACAGAAGCUAUCAAAGCCCUAAAAGAAUCAAGACGAAUGUGUGCUCAAGCCUCGGAAGGCAUUCCAACAUGGACUGGUCAACAUGGAGGAUUCAAACCUAGAUUUGGUCAAAAGAAAAAGCUACCUGUGAAAAUUCCGACUUCAUCUGUUAGCAGCUGUAAAACCUCAUCCAAGAACACUAAGAAAGGUUUCAAAUUUGACGGCAAGAAAGAUAAUACCAGUAGUGAAGCUGUUUCCUCCAGUGAUUUACUUUCAGCCAUAAGAAGUCGGAAAAUUGCCUUUAGUACAAAUAGCGAUAAUGAUGGGGAAAAUUCGUUCGGAGCAAUACCGAGUAUUCCACGACUUACUACAGACCAUGAUAAAUUACUUGCUGAUCUUCGAAAUUACAUUGCAUUUGAAAGUGCUAUAUGUGGUCAGGCAACUACAAAAGAGCUUAUAGAGGCCUUUAAAGAAAAGGUUCCUAUUACUCAGACAGCUAUAUUUAAGGCCCUUUUAAAUAAGCUUUGUGAUUUUUCUAGAACUUCUGGAGAAGGAACAUGGUAUUUAAAAAGUGAGUUUAGAUAAUAUAAAAAUGUGAAAAGGCGACUUUAUCUGUGAUAUUUUUCAGGAAUUGUAAAAUUAUCGUACUGUCGCAUUUUAUUAACCUUUAUAUUAUCUAAUUAUUAUGUAACUAAAUCAUCUCAUAAGAGUGAAAUGUAUGUUUAAAAGAGCUUGCUUUUUGCACUUUAGAUCUGUUAUUGAUGUUGGAAAUUAUAUAAAAUUUUUAUUAAUCAUGCUGGUUACGACUGAAUAUAAAAAUUGUCCGCUGUUUCUAAAUAAAACAGCUUCUUAUAAUAUGUUAUAAAAUUGACUAUUCUAAUUUUCAAUAUUACAGGAAGAAACGAAUGAAAUUAUUUGAAAUUUAUUGUUUUAAUUCUUACUUCAAGAUUUCUGAUUAUUUUCUAAUAAUAAAUCGCAAUUUAUUUCAAAUAUAUAAUUGUUGGUUGUAUGCAUAAACAGCAUGAUUAAAUGUAUUUGGACAAGUUUUUAUUUACUUGAUAAUCAAUGUGAGAAAUAUACAUACUAAGAAAAAUAAAAUAUAUUUGAAGCAGUGUAACAUAGGAAAGGACAUUGCGCCACUGUGUGUAUAAUUUGUAUGUAAUAAAAUAGAAUUUCUUCUUAUUUCAUUCAUAUACUUGUUUUUUUAUUAAAAAUAAAUUAUAACAUUUUUGUAAAACUAUCUAAAUUCAAUCACUAUAAAAUUUUCAAUAUGUAUAAACUCUGCAAAUGUGUGUAAAUGAUUGAUUAUCCGCAUUAUUCAUAUAGUUUAUAGGAGAAAUGACAUACCUCAAAUAUUCAAAGAUAUUUUCUUUUUCCUUAUUUGAAGUAUAGAUUUGCUUUAUAAUUCAUGAAAUUAAAUCAGUAGCAUUAAUUUAAAAAUGUUUCCACCUAUAGAAUACUUAUAAUGAUGUGCUGGAAAAAAAAACCUUUGUGAUAUUAAGGCAAGUUAAGGUAAAAAUAAAAGCAUAUGAGAUUCAUAUAAUUAAUUUUAAUAAUGUAUGCUUAUUUUAUACAAUAUUAUUAAUGAAAAAUAUCAAUAUUGUUUGGUAUUUUUCUAUUAUAUUACGUUUUGAUUUAAUUAUUAUUGAGCCAUAUAAAUGCAAUAAUCUUUUUUUAAAGAAUUAAAAAAAAAGCCACAGUGCUAAAUAGGUUAAGUAUUACAUUAUUCAAUCAGCAAGACUAGUUUUGAAUUAUAGAACUUUUUGAGAUAAAUAAUGAAAACCUAUAUUAAAUCUAAUUAACUUUUACGUGAUAUUUUCAAAAGUGUUUUUGAGAUUUAGUGCCUCAGAUUAUGCUUUUGUAUUGCAUAAGUUACUGUAAAGGUGUCCAAACUUAAGUAUUAUGUAUGCACGGAUAUUAUAAUAAUUUUACAAUUUAUUAUAAUUACCUUGUUAUUUCUUUCAAAUUGAUGUUGCAAGAUAAAAGAGAGAUUGAGGAAUCUGAAAAUGAUAUGUAUGUACAAAAAUAAAAGAAUUCAUAAUA